AUGACUCAGAUGGACCUCCUGGUCACCAACGUGGCCGAGCUUUUGGCGACGGCCGUGCACGAGGUCCUGCGUCUGAUGGGUCAGGCCGUGUCUGAAUACCGCGACGAGUCGGCCAGGAUUCGGCAGGAGAACCAGAAACUGCAGCGCACGCUCGAGGAGCUCCAGAAGAGGCUGCAGAUAUCAGACGCAGUGCAGCAGGUCUCGUCCUCCGUAGCCGCAGAAGAGCCGCUCUACGAGUCUCACCAUGCGCAAGUGCUGGACUGUCGUAUGGAACGAGAGCCGCUAGAGACAGAAGAGAACGAGGAAACGGAUUCACAUGAGCUGUGCUUCGAGGAGGAGAAACCGAGCGUACUACACCUGAGAGCAGAAACACGAGAACCAAACGAUGCAAUUUCGUCACCGUAUGACUUUUCUCAUAAAAGGAGGAGGAGCUUCUCAAGCUUGAGGAGCCAAUCAGCUUCACCUGAUGUCACUGGCAUGCCGGGAAUCUUAAAUUCUAUCAAAACAGAAUCAAAGUCAGAGUUUCCAGAAUGUUCCCUAUCAGAACAGACUGAAAACACGAUCACAGACACCCACCUCCACCUGCCCUAUCAUCCGGUCCACGUUAAUCUCAGCCACAUCUCCCGGGACUCGUCCACUCCACCGCGCGCACACGUCCGAACAGAGAACACGGUGGACGCCGCCGGUCCGUUCGGCGUCACCGUGCGGAGAGAGAACUCGCACACCUGUCACGUGUGCGGCAAGUCGUUUGCGACGGCCUCCAGCCUGGGCGCGCACUUCGUCUGCCACUCGGGCGAAAGACCGUUCGCCUGCGAGCGCUGCAAGUUCAGGUUCAGCCGUUUAGCCGAUCUGAAGAAGCACGAGCGCAUCCACACGGGGGAGAAGCCGUACAACUGCACGCUCUGCGGGAGGAGGUUCAACCGCACAGAGAAUCUCAGACGCCACCUGAGGAAAGUCCACCAUGGAGCUUUGCUUUAGCCACACGAACUUACUGAAAAACUCUUAUUUUAUUUAUACACUGCAGUCCAAUGCUGCUUUCACGCUGGACUUUUUUUAAAUAUAGAAAAAUCGCUCACACAGCAUACACACUGUAACCAUAACGAUGCUACCUUAGAGUCCUAGCUCCUGCAGGCUACCCAGUUUUAUUAUUAUUAAUAAUAAUAAUUUUUAAAAAGAUCUAGUCUGACCAUGACAAAGAGGAGGCAGCUUGCCUGGGAUUUGGCUUUUUGGUGACAGAAAAUGAAGAGUCGUAAAUUUAGAUUUACACCAGAGUUAAAGUGGGACUCGUUGAUGACAUCAGAAACCAUUAAACAUCGCAAAACUAACAGUUAACAUCUCUAGUUACACUGAAGUCAUAAAAUCCACACUGAAGUAUCUCAAUAAACUCCAUAUAUACAACCUUUUUCAGCCAGCACUCUGUGUUGGUGUCCAUAUUGCUUUUCCCCCAUUUUCUCCCAGCCAGCUCUCCCUCAUCAUCCAGCAGCUACCAACCAGGGAAGCCUGAAGUCUUAACACGUGUUGCGUCACAGUGCAGCGUAACACACUCAGAGGAAAGCGCUAUCUGCCCUCUUCCUCAUACUUGAGCUCACAGACACCCUCCCCCCUCCCUGAUUGGCUAGCGUCGCUGUGAUUGACAGGGGAGAGAGACACAGAAAGCACAGCCAGUUUUGCUCUGCCGAUGCCUCAUAGUGCGAACGCUUUUCUGUUGCGCCACUCAGGAGCCUCCAUGCUAGGUUUUCUCCCCUAAGCUGCGACCUGAUUGGUUAGGAGAUAAAAGGUGAGCUCUAACUACAUGUUAUUAGCUCAGAUACACUGAACAAAUUCAAAUAGCUAAAACCGCAAUAACUAAAAUGUAGUAACGUACUUAUUUUUUAAACAAUCAAGUCUAAUGUCAAUUCACCUUUUUUUUCACACCAUACCACAGUCUAACUGAUUUAAACUCUCAAUCCAUUUAAACUGCUAAGCCCAUUAGUGCACGGUGUUGGUUAUAUACACUCAUACACUUUGUAUUUUAGUUUUACAGUUUUCUGAAGAAAAAAAAAAAAAGAAGGGUCUGUAUAAACCACCUCCCUGUCACUUCAAAAAUUCUCUCUUAGCAAGUGAAGUCAUCUCAAAUAAAGAAAUUUGUCAUUAUGAGAUUAUUAUAUAACAAAUAUAAGACCAUUAAGCCUAGACAUAUUUACUAAUUUCAAGCUUACAGUUAUUAAUGUUCUGUUUUUCUGCUAGCAGAUAUCUGCUAAAAAAAAAAAUAAGAAGAAGAGUUCAAGCUUGAAAUGAGUUGAAGUGUGAAGGAAUAGAUUUAAUGGUCAUAUAUUUGUUUAAAAACAUUCUAAUAAUGAGAAGUAUUAGUUGAAUUUGGCUAUAUUUAAGAUAUUUUACUUACUUACUUUUGCAGUGUUGAUGUGAAAUUUUACUGAUUUUUUUACUUUACAUUUCGGGUUUCAGUUUUCCGUCAUUUAUUUUGGUGUAUCAGCAUUUAUUUAUUUAUUUAUUUAUUUUGCU